AGUUGGUGUCAGGCCGUUGGGUUACACCAGCACAGAGUGGGGGUUUUUCAACCAAGGAGUUCACUUCAAGACAUCGGCCAGCUGCAGUCAGGGCCAGUGGAUCGCGUCAAGCAGUUUCUUCCCGUCGAGGCUCUCGUUCGUGACUUUAGUUCAACAUCUUGAAGAAAAAAAUAUACAGAGGGAGAAAGAAAGAACAGCCAACACGCACCGCCAACAUCGAUGAACUAGAGAUAGUGUCGUGAGUGAGAGCGCGCGCCCUAAGCUCUACGCCGCUCACAACUUACUCAUUUCGCCAACAUUUCCAUGCCCAACUGCUGCGUUCCAUUCGCCUGAAAGGAAUAAACACAUCGUCGUGAGGAUGGUUAUUACCGUCCUAUCCACCAGGAAAAGGAGAAAGGUAGUCAGUCAGCUUCUGUUGUUCGGAUUGCUGCUGGCUCUCCAGCUUUGGGGAACCACUGAAGCCCGUCAGCAGCGACUUAAACGUCAAGAGAGUGGUGAAAGUGAGUUUGACGAAGAUGAAGAAUUGACUGACGACUUGGACGCACUUGGCAAUUCUGAAUACGACGAAAUCGACGCUGAGGAUUCGUCGCCAAACCGCGGCGAUGUUUCCGUUUUCACUCGUCCAGCUCCUGGAGCAGGAGAUGUGGACUUUAAUGGGCCUUGCUCCGACUAUCGCCCGGGCGAGGACGAUCUUCAAGCCUUUGAUUUCAUCCGCCAGUUCCGGUUAGACGUUCUCGAGACCAAGUACCCUGGCGUCACCAAGGUGCGCGGUUCCAGUCGCUUGCAAACUGCCUAUCGCUUGGAGAAGGAAGCCGAUUUGGUCGUUCCGACGAGAAACAUUUUCCCUCAAGGCCUUCCGCAGCAGUUCUCGUUCAUCUGCACUUUCCGAACGCGAAAACCACCGAAGACAGCAUGGAACAUUAUUCGCAUCAGUGAUCUGCGUCAACGCCCACAGUUCCAGGUUACCCUCAAUCCGCGCAAGAAUACCAUCGAGUUCGGCAUUAACGACUUUAGCGGUAAGCUGCAAACGCUCGUCUUCCGCAAAGCCCAGGUCUUUGAUAAAGAAUGGCACAAAGUUCACUUUGGGGUGCAUCGAGAACGCGUCGUCCUCUACGUCGACUGCGAGUUCAGCGAAGAACUUCCGCUCGACAUCCGCGGACCUAUCGACGUCAACGGAGAGAUCGCCAUUUCCAAAGUGGCCGGCACUAAACGAACUGUUCCGAUCGAACUUCAGUGGAUGGUGAUGAGCUGCGAUCCCGCACGUCCUGAGCGUGAAACAUGUGAAGAAUUGCCGCCACCACCUCCACCCAGGGAGCAAAUUCAGCCCGCUUGCGAACAGACAUGUCCGCCAGGAGUAGCAGGACGAAACGGAACAGAUGGUCCACCUGGUCCCCGCGGUCUAUCCGGAGAGCGUGGAAUACAAGGUUUACCAGGACCUCAAGGUCUUCGUGGAGAGCCUGGCACUAAAGGAGAUAUGGGUUUGCGAGGAGUGCCAGGAGAAACCGGAAAGGAAGGUUUGCCGGGUAAUCCUGGUAUUGCUGGACCAAGAGGAGAAUCCGGAAUUCCCGGCUCUCGAGGAGACACGGGGCCCCCUGGUCAAGUUGGACCGAAAGGCGAUAGAGGAGAUUCCGGACCAACAGGUCAAAUGGGUUCACCAGGUCCUCGAGGACCUCCAGGGCCUCCAGGAGAUAUUACCAAAGUAACAGGACCACAAGGUUUGCAAGGAGCGCCGGGUGAGAGAGGUUUCGUUGGACCUCCAGGUCCCGAAGGUGCGCAAGGACAGCGUGGUUUCACUGGAGAAAUAGGACCCCCAGGAACGUCAGGAAAGGACGGUACUCCUGGAGAACGAGGUCCUAAAGGAGAUCGCGGUGACAGAGGAACGGCUGGUGUAAGAGGACCUCCAGGUGCACCCGGUGUUCCAGGACCACCAGGUCCGGCAACAUCCGGUACAGGUGGUCAAACGGUGCCUGGUCCUCCAGGACCUGCUGGUAAUCCCGGAGAGCCGGGCAUGCCGGGACCUCAGGGUGAGAGGGGUAACCGAGGUGAAAGAGGAGACUUGGGAGAACGCGGAGUUGCUGGAGAAAAAGGUGAUCGUGGACCAGCUGGUCUACCCGGUAAUGACGGUACUCGCGGUGAAACUGGACCGGCAGGAAAACCAGGCUUGCCCGGUAGCAAAGGAGAGCCGGGACAACCUGGCGCUGUUGGCCUACAGGGUCCUCCAGGUUCAGCCGGAGCUCCGGGACCGAUGGGUCUGACUGGCCCAACUGGAGAAGUUGGCAGACGAGGUGAGCCUGGCAAUACUGGUCCUGCCGGUCCUAUGGGCCCUCCUGGCACACCCGGAGAAGUUGGACCUCAAGGAUUGCCAGGAGGACCUGGUAGCCGUGGUGAAACAGGACCGCGAGGAGAACGAGGCGAAAUCGGUCCAGCUGGACCAACCGGAAGCCCUGGCUUGUUGGGACCGAAGGGUCAUGAAGGCAAACAAGGAACCGAUGGAGAGCCAGGCCAACGAGGAGAGAAAGGAGAAAGCGGACCUCGAGGACCUGAUGGCCCUCGCGGCUUCGAUGGCAGACCCGGUGCUCAAGGAUUGAUUGGACGUCCUGGACCUAAGGGAGAUCGCGGAGAGAAUGGUUUACCUGGUACUGAAGGAAUUCGCGGCCCACCAGGCCCGAACGGUUUGCCUGGUCCUAUUGGACCUCCUGGAGUAGCUGGAUUGCCUGGCUUUGUCGGCAAACCUGGCCCACCAGGUCCACCAGGACCUCCCGGACCUCCUGGAGAUGCUGGUGUCAUUCCCACUAAUCUGAUAAGAAACGAUGGUGCUGGUGCAACUGGCGCUACCGGCCAACCUGGUCUUCCUGGAAAUCCUGGUUUGCCUGGAGAAAGAGGAGCGGAUGGUGAACGUGGACCUGAAGGUGCCACUGGUUUGCCUGGAACACCGGGAGCUGAAGGACCUACUGGUAGACAAGGGCCCGUAGGACCGCGCGGAUUCGCAGGAUUGCCUGGCCUCCCCGGACCUCCUGGAAAAACUUACUCCGAAUCCGAUUUGAGAGAUAUCUGCGCAUCGGUUCUUCGCGACCACAUGGAAGAACUGGUAAAUGGACUUCAAGGUCCACCCGGUCUGCCUGGUCGUGGAAGACCCGGAAGGCCUGGUCCGCCAGGAAGAAUUGGCCAUACAGGCGAGACGGGCAAGGUUGGUCCGCCAGGCGAACGCGGCUUGACCGGUCUGCCGGGCAUUCCAGGCCCACCAGGACCUGAAGGACCUAAGGGAGACGUCGGCUCUAAGGGUGAGCGUGGACCAGGAGGAAUCGGUAUGGAAGGACCUAUGGGACCAGCUGGCAUCCAAGGACCUCCUGGACCUCCCGGUGUAGGCGUUGCGGGCCGAGCUGGAGAACGUGGUGAUUCCGGCAAACCAGGACCAAGAGGAAUGAUUGGACCUGCUGGCCCACCAGGAGCUCCUGGAUUUUGUGCCGGCUGUUCGCCACAACAGUUCCGACCUGCCGGUAACGACAAGGGACCCGGUAAAUAGGUCGUCGCCUUCUUCGCCGUGAGGCAAUUUUUGGCUUUGAUGACAACUGACACACAUACAAACUGACGGAAAGAAAUAAUAAUUAAAAAAAAAAGAAAUAUAUUUCCCUUUAAAAAUUACAGUUGAAAACCGGGGAAUUGAAUGACACUUUAUUCGGUAAAAAUACAAUGCCAAGACAACGAUGGGUAUGAGAGAAGACAUAAAGAAAUCGUUGUACCACUGGUAGAUUUAUUAAGCUCCUUAUCACUGCCUGAAUUUUUUUCCCCUCUCCUUUUUGAAGUGUAGGCCUGGUAGACACCUCUAAUUGUUUAAUUUUUGAAUUUUUUUUUUUUCAAAUAAAAAUAUAAUCAAUUUGUUAUAACACAUAGGCACUUUUUCCUACUAAAUAGAGAUUAAUUUGCUUGUUGGCCAUCCUCCAUAAAUUGAACCUUCAUCUUCAAAUAAAUUGUCUUUACCUUUUCUAACUAUACCCAUGUGAACAAUUAUUGUUUUGUUUUCAUUCAUACCACCAACGCUGCUGGACUGGAAACUUUUCUAUUGGGAUUCAAUAAUUGGCUGAGCUUUGUAUCAACUGUUUCCUUCAUUCAACAUCUUAAGUGUAAAUAUCAGUUGAAAUGAUUUCAUUUGGCUGCAAUACAACAAUUCAUGCCGUAA